CUUUCUCUUCGCGAGUCUGCACCUUUCCACAUUCGAAAAGCUAACAAUAUCCCACCAGUCUACAUAACAGCAUCAUGACUCAAUCGAUCGACGACAUCCACGAGCAGCUCCACACCGUUGCUCGUGUCGACUACAACAAACCUAUCAUCCGGAAUGCGUCCAUCGCCGUCCUGUACGAGCUUGCCCUGAAGAACGAGGCUGGAACAGGUCUUACCGCUGCCGGCGCUCUCGUCACCGACUCUGGCGCCAAGAAGGGUCGUUCACCCAAGGACAAGCGUAUCGUUGAGGAGCCCGACUCCAAGGACAAUGUGUGGUGGGGACCCGUCAACACUGCCAUGUCGGAAAACUCCUUCAUGGUCAACCGUGAGCGUGCCAUCGACUACCUCAACACCCGGGAUCGUCUCUACGUGUUUGACGGUUACGCCGGCUGGGACCCAAAAUACAGGAUCAAGGUCCGUGUCGUCUGCGCCCGUGCCUACCACGCCCUCUUCAUGAGGAACAUGUUGAUUCGCCCGACCGAUGAAGAGCUCGCGAACUUUGGAGAGCCAGAUUUCACCAUCUUCAACGGUGGCGAGUUCCCCGCUAACCGAUACACCACCGGCAUGACCUCCACCACAAGUAUCUGUUUGAACUUCAAGCGCGCUGAGAUGGUCAUCCUCGGAACACAAUACGCCGGAGAGAUGAAGAAGGGUGUCUUCACCGUCAUGCACUACUACAUGCCAAAAGCCGGUGUCCUGUCUCUCCAUUCCUCCGCCAACGAAGGCCCCGAUGGUGACGUCUCCCUCUUCUUCGGUCUGUCGGGAACCGGAAAGACCACCUUGUCCGCUGACCCCACCCGUAGCCUCAUCGGUGACGACGAACACUGCUGGUCCGACGACGGUGUCUUCAACAUUGAGGGAGGAUGCUAUGCCAAGACGAUCGACCUUUCCGCCGAGAAGGAGCCAGAAAUCUUCAACGCCAUCCGAUUCGGUUCCGUUUUGGAGAACGUUGUCUUUGACGAGAACACCCGUGUUGUCGACUACACUGACAAGUCCAAGACCGAGAACACCCGCUGCGCAUACCCCAUCGAAUACAUCCCCAACGCCAAGAUCCCUUGCGUCGGUGGACACCCCAAGAACAUCAUCCUCCUCACCGCCGACGCCUUCGGAAUCCUGCCACCCGUCUCCAAGCUCACCACCGAGCAGGCCAUGUACCACUUCAUCUCUGGAUACACCGCCAAGAUCGCCGGAACAGAAGAAGGCGUCACCGAGCCCGGAGCCACCUUCUCGACAUGUUUCGGAGCUCCAUUCCUCGUGUGGCACCCAAGGAAGUACUCCGAGAUGCUCGCGGAGAAGCUGCGCAAGCACAACACCAACGUGUGGCUCGUCAACACCGGCUGGACCGGAGGAAAGUACGGGGUCGGCUCCCGCAUUGCCCUCAAGUACUCCCGCGCCAUCAUCGACGCCAUCCAUUCUGGCGAGCUCAGCAAGUCCAUCGCCUCCAACAGCGUCACCUUCCCCGUAUUUGGCCUCACUAUCCCCGGCCCCGGUGGCAUCAAGGGAGUGCCCGACUCGGUCAUUAACCCCCCCGAGUCGUGGGCGGACAAGGCCGCGUUCAAGAAGAGCCUCGAGCACCUUGCCUCUCUUUUCAUCAAGAACUUUGACACCUUCGGUGAGGCGGUCGCUGACUUGAAGAAGGCCGGUCCCGUUUUGUAAAAUGGACCCACGCUGCACUUAGUCAUACACCCCUUAGCUUCUUUCUUGGAGUGAUUCAUCCCUUCUUCAUUAUCCUUUCCCUCUGUAGAAGGACUCUCUUUUCCGGAAGAGUAUACCUCCCCCGAACCACUGUUAUAUGGAGCCUUGAUUCUCUAUUUUAAUCUAAAGCCGGAAAUUUUGAAUGAAAAAAAAACAUUAAAAAAUAA